CAGAAACCCGCGAAACAUGCCCUGUGAAACUGUUAUUGUUUGAGCAAAUCGGUCGUCUAAAAUAACCGAGUUAUGGCGAGAUUGAGGUCAGAUUCUGCGAAAACAAAGAAAGAAACUACUAGAAAAACUUCCACGGCCUCAAGAGUUUGUAAAAAUGAUAAAUCGAGUGCGACAGUGGCGAAGAACCCUAUAUCUUCUAAAGCAAGAGUCCAAUCAGUCAAGCGCGAAAUAGAACCGCCAGCCGAUUCUUUGCAGAAAUCAACCAAGAGCAGUGGUAAAGCGACGGAUGAAGCUCUUAAAAACGGGCCCCCUCGACAUGGCAAGAGGAGAAAGUUCUCAUCCCAGGAGCUUAGUGAAUCUCCCUCCAAAAAACCCAAAGUGAAUUUAGCUGAAGACCAAAUGCCAGAGAAUGUAAAAAAUGCAGACGAAGAGAAAAGUUGUUCAAAGGCAGAGAAACAAAAAUCAUUAUCAAGUUUGAAACAAUCAUCUAAGAAGAAUGAGGUGAAACCAAAGGCCACAUCCAUUGUGUUGAAACGGGCACACGUACCUCUUGCAAAUAUUAAAGGGAAGCUCAAGAAAGAAAGUCCAGUGAAACAGAAGCAUCUACCUGUACCUACUCCAGAAGAUGAACAGAGAUCACCUAGAAAACAUGGAGUUGUGAGCAAAAGGCUGAAACCAGAUUUGAAAGCAAUUGUCAAAGAAGAGAAUGUUGUUGAUGAAAUUAAAGCAGAUGAAUGUGAGGCAGAUGAUUCAAGUGAUGAUGAGGAAGUGCAGUGGGAAGAUGUUGACGAGGCGGAUGUUGUUGAUCAUCGGCCAGAAGAUCAGGAAGCUUCUACCUCACAGGAACAUCAGCCAGCUAACAAAAGCAGUGUUGAGAUCAGCAUUACAGUACCUGGAACAAAAAAGAGAAAAAAAGGAUGGAGUCAUGAAGAUGUUGUGAAAUAUAUUAAAAGAGCUAUUAACAGAUUUAGGAAAGAUGUUUACACCAGUGCUCAUAAGGUUCACAUUUUGACCCUUAUUGCAAAUGGAUUUUUUAGAAACAACAUUUGUAAUGAACCACUGCUACAGGCUGUUCUGCUAUCUCAUGUAGCAAGUGACUUUAUAUCUCUGAACAAGAGGAAGUGGGAUGUGGUGCAACUCACUAACUUCUUGAAAUGGUUUCAAAGUGAGUUCUCCAGCACUGAUGAUGUAAGAACUGGAAACAAAGAGGCAGACAAACAGAUUGCCAGAUUUCAAAACUUAUCCGAGGUGUUUGCGACAAUCCUCAGAGCACUUGGAUUUCUUACAAGGCUUGUGUAUUCUCUUCAGCCCAUGUCAGCUAAAGGUGACACAGAUGUUAAAACAAGUUCAAAAACUUCAAAGAAAAAUACUCACAAAGGGAACAAAGUCUCUCCUCAUAAUUCUUCGAAAGCCAUUUUAAAGAAAUUAUCAGUGCCAAAUAAACAGGAGGAAGCUGCUAUGAAUUCAAGGAAUACCAAAUCAGAAAAUAAAUCCAAGACAACUUUAUCUAAAUCACUGGCACUCAUUUCUGAAAACAGAAGUGAGAUCAGCAGUGAGAAAUUAAAAAAGGAGAAGGUAGCUAAAAGUUGUAAAAAGGAGGGAGGUGAAUCAAGUUAUGGUGGAAAGAGAACUCCUAAGACUUCUGAUGAAACUAGUAAAGUCCAUAAGAAUAUGAAAAAGGGCAAGGGUAACAUCAGUGAUAAGCCUGUGAAAAAACUUGUGAAGAAGAGACCUCUACGCAAGAGAGCCAAGAUAGAUUACUCCCUAAGUGACCAUGAGAUAGAAAGCAGUGGCGACAAAGAAUGGAAUGUUCCUUCUAGUGAUAGUGAAGAGGAGGAGGAGGAAGACAGAAACUGCAUGGAAAAAUCCUCCACAAAGAAAAACAAGACUCCUUUGGUCAGGAAAAAAGUGUCCUCUUCAGAUAGUUGUAAUGACACACCAACAGAGAACAGUAGUGUGUCUUUUGUUGAUCUUUUGGAUGAUGAUAGUGAUUUUGAAGUUUCUAGCAAACCAUUAGUUAAAAGAAAAUUGGCUGCUGGCUCAUCAGAUAAAAAGAAGAAGGCUUUAAAGAUUAUCAGUUCUGAUGAUUCUGAUGAUGAGGGUGUCAACUGGUGGACUGAGGUGUUUCUGCCUUCUGACAAGAAAUGGAUUUGCGUUCAUCUUGAAUCUUCAAGUGUCAAUCAUCCUGAAAUGUGUGAGCAGCAGGCAGCCCAACCUAUGGUUUAUGUUGUGUCAUUUGAUAAUGACAAUGCUGUCAAAGACGUCACUAAUAGGUAUGCAUCUUCCUUCAUGUCAAAGACCAGGAAGCUUCGCAUUGAUUCUGAUUGGUGGGAAGAUACUCUUCUCCCAUACAAAUCAAAAAACAAGAAAAUGGAUAAAAUGGAAGAUUCUCAUCUUGAAGAUCAACUUCUCGACAAACCUCUGCCUACCAGCAUAACGGAGUACAAAAACCAUCCUCUUUAUGUACUGAAGAGACAUCUCCUUAAGUUUGAAGGCUUAUACCCAGAAACUGCAGCCAUUUUGGGAUACUGCCGCGGUGAAGCAGUCUACUCGAGAGAGUGUGUCCAUUUGCUCCACACAAGAGAGAAGUGGUUGAAUGAGGCUUUGGUUGUGAAGCAAGGGGAAAAACCAUACAAGAUAGUAAAAGGACGGCCUAAAAGGAACCAACCAAUCCAUGAGCGAGAUUCGGUCACAAUUGACUUGUUUGGCAGAUGGCAAACAGAGAAAUAUAAACCGCCGCCAGCGAAAGAUGGAAAAGUACCAAGGAAUGAGUAUGGUAAUGUAGAGUUAUUCCAGCCUUGUAUGCUGCCACCCGGAACGAAGCACAUUCAAAUUAACGGUAUCCAACGGGUGGCGAAGAAACUCGGCAUUGAUUGUGCUCAGGCUGUGAUUGGAUUUGAUUUUCACUGUGGUUUUAGCCAUCCUGUUAUUGACGGUGUUGUGGUGUGUGAGGAAUAUGAGCAAACGUUGCUGGAUGCGUGGCAUGAAGAAGAACAACAAGCAGAGAAGAAAAAAGCAGAGAAGCGCGAGAAACGUAUGCUGGCCAACUGGAAACUUUUGACGAGGUCGUUGUUAAUCCGUGAGAGACUCAAGAAAAGAUACGACACAGAGGACACUAGCAAAAUUGAAACACCAAGCACGAGCCAAGGGGAUGAGGUUGUCACAGACGCUUCAGUUUCAUGGCCUCUAAACAGACAAGAGGGCAAAACGAGUGUUGCUGGUGAGGGACAUUGCCAUGUAUUUCCUGAAAGCGGACACUCGCAGGAUCCUGUCACAGGGGAAUGGAGGAGAUCAUGUUCGUGUGGAUUAACUCUUCCGUUUGAAAAAAUGUAGACAGUAAAAGCUAACUGCGUCAAAAAAAAAAACAAAAAAACAAAAAAAAAAAGUCAAAGCUGUGGUGAAGUAGAGUCACUAGUCAAAAACCCAAAGUUUCUUUCAACUCCUUUUAAAUCCACUAUUUAGUUCCUGAAAGUGUCACCAAAGAAUAAAAGGCCCCACAAACAAGCUUAAUUUUGAAAAAGGAACGAAUUAGAGUACGAAAAAUGAGGAACCGUAUGACAAAAAAAUUGUUGUUCGUAUGUGUUUCAUGGAAUUUUUAUACAUCCUCGUCCAAACCAAUAUUGGUACACCAUAUACUGAUUGGCUGGUUUGGAAGUGAUUUGCAAAUACCAUUCACCUCCGGGCAGCAGACGAGACAAAAUCGCGCGUUAAUACUUUGACUCCCAAGCAAUUUUUUGGUAUGUCGACUGUAAUAAACUAAUUUGGAAAAAAGAACGAAUUAGAGUACGAAAAAUGAGGAACCGUACAUUAAAAUAUUGUGGUUCGUAUUUGUUUCAUGGAAUUUUUACACAUCCAUGUCCAAACCAACAUUGGUAUUAUCAUAUACUUAGUAUAUACCACACAGGUGAACAGUGCUUUUCGCGCGCACUGAUUGGCUGGUUUGGAAGUGAUUAGCAAAUACCAUUCACUUUCGAGAAGCAGACCAAAUCGCGCGUCAAUAGUUUGAUUUCCAACCAUUUUUUCGGUAUAUUGACAGUAAUAAACUAAUUUCUUUAGUUUCUGUGGUAUAUAUUAAAACAAUUAUUCAUCUCCGUGUCAGUUAAAAAGGUGGAUAUUUACCUCCACUUUGGCGAAUAAUUACUCAUUACUGAGUUAUACUUUAUUUUAACCUUAAAAGUAUCAUUUCCCAGUUGUAUAAUCAUUUGACUUCUUUUUGGAUUGUAACCAGGAGGGUAGCAUCCAGGGAUGUAACAGGUGGUUUUUCAAUAACAAAAUACAGUUGUAUUGCGAGGGCAAACUUUCUAGUUUAUUAGCUGAAUAAAUUGUUUUGUUUUUACAGACGUUACUGUUACAAUACAUUUAUAUAUCUUAAAAGUAACUCUCACAAAAUAAAUUGUUUUAACAAUUCA